CGGACUCGCUAAACGUACAUACUCCUCGACAGCUCUGUGGAUUAUAUCAACAGUGCUCUAUUUUCGCAUGGAGAUAUUUGUAUUGUGAAACCGAUUUUAACACCUUCUUUUGUUGCUCAGCGUGAACUGUGGAUAGAACAAUGGGAUGGCAAGUACUGUUUUUCAUUUCGAUCGCUGCUCUCGGCUCAGCUCUCGGCCAAGUCAGCUACUCUAUUCCGGAGGAAAUGGCAAAGGGUUCUGUAGUGGGCAACAUAGCACGGGAUUUAGGUUUGGAUGUGAAAAGGCUAAAGUCAGGUAAAGCCCGCAUAUUUACGGGCGACAGUGCAGAGUACAUCGAGCUGAGUAGAGAAAGAGGAGUCCUCCUCGUGAAGGAGAGAAUCGACAGAGAGUCGCUCUGUAGACAGACGACGCCUUGUGCGUUACAUUUGCAGAUUAUUCUAGAAAACCCAAUGGAGCUUUUUAGAAUAACAGUAGAGAUAACCGAUAUAAACGACAACAGUCCCAGUUUUAAAAAUGCCGAGAAACGUUUUGAAAUCAGCGAAUCCGCAGUCACGGGAUCUAAAUUUGUGCUAGAAAGAGCGGUUGAUGCAGAUAUUGGCAUAAACGGGCUGAAAAAUUAUAGCUUGAAACCUACAGAUAAUUUUGCACUGAAAAUACAAAGUCAUGCAGAUGGGAUUAAAAAGCUCGAAAUGGUUUUGCACAAGCCAUUAGAUCGAGAAAAAGAUGAACAAAUAUCGCUUUUGUUAACAGCUGUAGAUGGAGGAGAACCUCCGAUGUCUGGCACGGUAAAGAUUUACGUGACUGUGCUCGAUGCAAACGACAAUGCUCCUGUUUUUAUGCAGUCGGUCUAUAAGGCAGCCAUAGCCGAGAAUUCUCAGAAAGGAACAACACUGACAACAGUGAGUGCUUCUGAUGCAGACAAAGGAACAAACGGGGAAGUUUCUUAUUCAGUUACCACCACUAUGGACAGCGUGUCUGAUAUAUUUACAAUAAAUGAAAUUGGUGAAGUAAUAUUAGUUGGUGAAGUUGACUAUGAAAAAGCAAAGCACUACCAGAUUGAUAUUGAGGCUACAGACACCGGUGGUCUGUCUGAUUCCAGUAAGAUUAUUGUUGAUGUUAUUGACAUUAAUGAUAAUAAGCCUGUAAUCAGUAUACUUUCCACGUCUGAUUCAAUUCCAGAAGACUCUCCUCAAAAUACAGUUAUAGUAAUGUUCAGUGUCCUUGACCCAGAUUCAACUAACAAUGGUCAAGUGAAUUGCAGAAUAAAUGGACACAUACCGUUUACUAUUACAACUUCCUCAAAUGAUUUCUAUAGUUUAGUG